AGGGGCCGGGGCAGCCAGGCAGGCACCCUCGGCUCUCUCUCCUCCCUCUCCUGCUGCUGCUGAGCGGGCUUGAGGCAAGGAGCGGCGUGUGUGUGUAUCUCGCUCGGUAACCAGGAAGCGGGAGUCGGGACCAGGAAACUGGAACCUGUCAGGCCAGCAGCGGCGCGGGGCGUCUGUCUCGACUGAUCAGCAUGGAGGGCAAGUGCAGUGGCGGCCAUACGCAGUGUCAGGAUCACAGUCAUGGCCCCCUUCGCCAUCAUGGUCACAGCUGGCCCAACAUGUAUGAAGAUAAAGAUCUGCCAAAAGAGCAAAAUGUGCUUCCUUUUGUAGAGGACUACAGUAACUUUGAUAUUGUUAAAGCAACUCAAUAUGGCCUGUUGGAGCGGUGCCAGGAGUUAGUAGAAGCAGGAUAUGAUGUAAGGCAGCCAGACAAAGAAAACGUUACUCUUCUUCAUUGGGCAGCUAUUAAUAAUCGUCUGGAUCUUGUCAAGUUCUUUAUUUCCAAAGGUGCUGUAGUAGAUCAACUAGGAGGUGAUUUAAAUUCAACUCCACUUCAUUGGGCAGUGAGGCAAGGACAUCUGUCUAUGGUCAUACUGUUGUUAAAAUUUGGAGCAGACCCAACUCUUAUUGAUGGUGAAGGAUACAGCAGCCUGCAUUUAGCUGUGCUGUUUCAACACAUGCCUGUUAUAGCUUAUCUCGUAUCAAAGGAUCAGAGCAUAGAUACAGUUGAUCGCAAUGGACGAACGCCUCUUAUGUUGUCAGCCCACAAAAUACUUGGGGUGGAGCCCACUCGUUUUCUGUUAAAGCUGAAUCCUUCUCUUAAUGCUGUAGACAAUGGAGAGAGGAACACUGCUUUGCAUUGGGCUGUUGUAGCUGGAAAUGUUAGUGCUGUAGAUCUGUUGCUGGAAGCUGGGUCUAGUUUGGACAUCAAAAAUGCCAAGGGCGACACACCACUUGACCUUGCUCAUCAAAUUCAAAAUCGCUUAAUUAUUCACUUGCUUGUUGAAGAAGAAACUAUGAGAGCCAGAAAAACUUCCAGGUUUCUGAGGAUACUGGGAAACAAUGAGUUCUUGCUUUUGCUGGUAUCAUCAUUGACACUGAUAUGGGCAAUAGGAUAUGUAAUAGAUUUAAAUUCUGAUUCUUGGCUUUUGAAAGGAAGCUUGCUAGCCUUCAUAUUUAUUAUCAUAUCCCUGUUUGCAAGACAGUUCAUAGGGCUCAACAAACUAAAAUACUUUCCAGUAGCAUUUGUGCUUGGCUCCAUCUUCUGGAUAUCUGUGACCUGUUUCAUCUGGUUCCUGCCCGAUAUCCUUUACACUGUUUCUCAGCUUCCUUUCUUUGGUGGCAUGGUGGGUCUUCUGUAUUAUUUCUACAAAACUGUCAGAACUGAUCCUGGGUACAUAAAGACCACAGAAGAAGAGAGAAAAAUGAAUAUUAUUACCCUUGCAGAAUCUGCCUCCUUGGAUUUCAGAACCUUUUGUACCUCGUGUCUUGUGAAAAAACCUUUGAGAUCCAUGCACUGCCACACCUGCAAUUCAUGUAUAGCUAGAUAUGACCAACAUUGUAUUUGGAUUGGACGGUGUGUAGGUGUUGGAAACCAUAGUUAUUUUGUCCUGUUUCUCUUUUUCCUGACAAUGGUGAAUGUUUGGGCUACAUAUGGAACAAUUCUAUAUUGGUCAGAACACUGUUCAGCAUCAUAUCAACAAGAUGGAGCAUGGACUUUCUUCACAGAGAUAGUGUCUUGUUCUCCAUGGGUGGUGUACAUUUUCACACUCAUAUCUUUUCAUACUUCAUGGGCUACAUUGUUGCUAAUCCUUCAGCUUUAUCAGAUUGCAUUUCUUGGAUUGACCUCACAGGAAAGGAUUACCCUCUGGAAACAAAGCAAGCGUUCAAAACAUCCUGUUUCACUGAGGAAAACUCCAUAUAACCAUGGAUGCCUGCAGAACCUAGCAGACUUCUUUCAGUGUAGCUGCUUUGGCCUGUUCAAGCCUAGUCUUGUUGACUGGACUAAGCAGUACACACUAACAUUUCAUUCACCGACAGAAAGAAACAUCCAUCCUGUGUGAAGAAAACCUGAACCAAAUCCUUGGGAUUCAGCUGGAAGUUUAAAUAUAGAUAUUUGGUAUAUUGUACAGUUUAGAGAUUACUCUGAAAUUUCCUCUGUUGUAUUUGUAUAUAACUAUACUUGGAAUAAAGUAAUGUUUACAUGAAUAAACUAUAGCAAACUGUGUAAUGCAAUGACAGCUAUGGGUCAUACAUGCAAUUUUAAAAUACUUUACUUAGAAAGGAAAUACAACUGUGAAUGUCACUUCAGAUUGUUGAUAGGAUGUUUUUUAUAAAGCAACCUGGAAAUCCUAUGCAGCAUUGUUCAUAUGUGUAUCUAUUGAAAUUGCACUUGGUGAUUAAGGGAAAUAAAAUGUUUGGAAACUUCACAAUAUUUUGUAUAUGAAAUUUGACUUGUAACUUCUAAUAACUUAUCUCUAACAUGUAAAUCUGUAUAUAAGGACUUCUUAGACUUAAUGUAUUCAUGCUCACCUUUAUUAAAUUAGAACUUUUUAUU